UUAAUCCACAGGCUCCUCUCCAACCUCAUGAAUCACAGACACAGAUACAUACACACACACAUAUAUAUAUAUGUGCAUAUUAUAAAGUAAAAAUACAUCUGCUUCAUACAACAAUAUCAGCUCCUUUUUCUUCCAGACAUAAGUUUUUGGUGGACCCUUUUCAGCAGUAAAAAAAAUUAAAAAUCACAAGGGUUUUGUCACUUGAUCACUGGAGCCCACCUAGGGUUUGUCUAAUCACACACACAUAUGGAGAAAGAAGGAAAUUACAUGGAAAAUUUCCCUGGACUUGAUUAUGAGCUUCACAACCAUCAUCAUCAUCAACAACAGCAACAAGUUUCAAUCAAUCAAGAAAUGGGAGCAAUAUCAGAUCACAACAGCCAUCAACUACCACUUCUAUCAUCAUCCAACUUCUGCGGGUCGAAUUCGUUCGACAAGCUGAGCUUCGCGGAUGUGAUGCAGUUUGCCGACUUCGGCCCCAAACUAGGGCUGAAUCAAGGCAAGGCGCCCGAGGAAGAAGACGGAUUCUUCCUCAAGUUCCCGGUGUUGAACGAACACCACCACAAGGUGCAGCAAGAUGAUGAUGAUGAGAGCCACCACCACCUCUCCUUGAUGGGCUCUCAGGAGAGAGAGGAUGCAGAGAGAGAAGAGCAAGGGGUGGUGGGAGGUGGGGAAAAGAGCACUCAAGGAGAAGGGAAGAGCAAGAGGAAAAGGCCAAGAACUUCAAAGACUGUGGAAGAAGUUGAGAGCCAAAGAAUGACUCAUAUUGCUGUGGAGAGGAAUAGAAGGAAGCAAAUGAAUGAGCAUCUUCGUGUCUUGAGGUCUCUCAUGCCUAGCUCCUAUGUUCAAAGGGGUGAUCAAGCAUCUAUAAUUGGUGGAGCGAUUGAAUUUGUGAGGGAGCUGGAGCAGCUCCUCCAAUGCCUCGAGUCGCAGAAGAGGCGGAGGCUGUACGGAGAUGGGGCAAGGCCGGCUGGAGAUCCAUCCACAGCCGUGCAGCAGCAGCAGCCGCCUCAGAUGCUAGCUAUUCCAAAUGAUGAAGAAACUGUGGGUCUUCGAGAAGAAACCGCGGAGAGCAAGUCAUUCUUAGCAGAUGUGGAGGUGAAGCUUUUAGGGUUUGAUGCUUUGAUCAAGAUUCUAUCGAGGAGAAGACAUGGACAGCUCAUCCAAACCAUUGCUGCGCUUGAAGAUUUGCAGCUCACUAUUCUGCAUACUAAUAUCACUACUAUUGAACAAACUGUUCUUUAUUCUUUCAAUAUCAAGAUAAAUGGGGAGGCAAGGUUCACAGCUGAAGAUCUGGCAAACUCAGUUCAACAAAUUUUCAGUUUUAUCCAUGCAAACAAUGUCAUAUGAAGUGAUAGAAGAUAUAAUAUGUAUAACUAUAUAGAAAUAUAAUGUUUGUAUGAAUUUGUGCACCAAGAUAAUCAUAAAUCUAUGUGGUUUUGUUCA